AAUAAUGUAGCAAAAAGCGUCCAGGUUCAACUUAACCUUUGGCAUUUAUAAAGUGUCGACAAUUUCUUCCCCUCUUAACACCAUUUUCUCUCUCCUCUAAAUCACUCCAUAUCCCUUUCUUCUUCUCCUGUUUUUUGCGAGUUUCAACUUCCCACAUCCCCCAAUUCUGUAAACCAAACACUUCCUAAUCCAGUUUACAGUCAAACUACUUCACCAACUUAUUAUAAAAAAACAAAUCAUAAAUAAUUAUCCUUAUUAAUAUUAAUUAUUAUUAUUAUUAAGAAUGGAAAAAAGGAUUAACAGAAGUCCAGGAGAGAAAGAAUCACUUCAUGCUGUUUACAAAGUUCCUUCUGGUGAUGGCCCUUAUGUUCGUGCCAAACAUGCCCAGCUGGUGCAAAAGGAUCCAGAAGCAGCAAUAGUACUAUUUUGGAAGGCUAUAAAUGCAGGGGAUAGAGUGGAUAGUGCACUGAAAGAUAUGGCAGUUGUUAUGAAGCAACUUGAUAGAACUGAAGAGGCUAUUGAAGCUAUUAUGUCUUUUAGAGGCCUUUGUUCUAGGAAUGCUCAAGAAUCACUCGACAACGUCCUCAUCGAUUUGUAUAAGAAAUGUGGGAAAGUUGAUGAGCAAAUUGAUCUACUAAGACGUAAGCUAAGGCUGAUUUAUCAUGGCGAAGCUUUCAACGGGAAACCAACAAAGACAGCUAGAUCUCACGGCAAGAAGUUUCAAGUUUCUAUCAAACAAGAAACGUCUAGAAUACUGGGAAAUUUGGGCUGGGCCUACAUGCAGAAGACAAACUACAUGGCUGCAGAAGUGGUGUAUAGAAAGGCCCAAAUGAUUGACCCUGAUGCAAAUAAGGCCUGUAACUUGGGCUUUUGUCUUAUUAAACAAGCCCGAUAUGAAGAAGCGCGUUCGGUGCUUGAGGAGGUAGUGGAGGCCAAGCUACCGGGCUCGGAGGAUAUCCGGUCUAGGAAUCGGGCCGAGGAAUUGUUGUUGGACUUGGAGUCACGGCAACCGCCUUCUUUGUUGUCUAACAUUGUGUGCCUUGAUUUGGAGGAUGAGUUUGUUCAUGGGCUUGAGGAUCUUGAGUCUAAAUGGGGCCCGUUAAGACCUAAAAGACUUCCCAUUUUUGAGGAAAUUUCCAACUUCAAAAAUCAAUUAGCUUGCUAAAUAUAUACUCCUUUUUGUUGUAUUUUAAACAUGUUAAUAUAGAAAUGUAGAGAGUGGUGAUAGUAGGGUUAAAUAGAAAUGUAUGUUGAAAUAAUUAAGGUUGCUUGUAUACUAAUGUCAAUCAUGUCUGAGGAGCUACAAAUGAACUUUUGUACUACUUUCAAUAUAUUUUCCUCAACAUUACUAUA